ACUACAAUCGAAAGUUCAACCAGAUUUGGAUAGAAUUGCAGUGGAAAGAGCUAGUAAAUUUUUGGAUGAUGAGCGUGCUGCCUCCUCUUCCACCAAGGCUCCUGCCUCCUCUUCCACCAAGGCUGCCACCUCUUCCACUCAAGGCUGCAUCCACCCGACCAGACCAAGGUUGCAUCCACUCCGACCAAGGCUGCAUCCACUUCGACCUUGGUUGCGUCCGCUUCGACUUUGGCGAUCCCUUCUUUGACCUUGGAUCCCUCAUCUUUGGGUGUGGAUGCCUCUUCCCAAAAAAUGAUGAAGUUUACAGAGGAUGGUGUGAUAUACUUUGAAAUGACCCAGCUUGAUGAAUUUUCAUAUCUUGGUGUAAUGAAGAUAGGCGGGAGUUCUUUUCCCAAGUCGUAUAUCAAAAUUGGCGAGAAUUCUACUUCAGAUGUCUCAAUUAGGCUUAAGAAAAACUCAUGCCUAUUGAAAAUUGAAUUUUCAAUGUAUUUCCACUCCCUUUCCAGUAGGGUAGCAAUUGUUGAGCCGGUCCGUCCAGUAAAAGUGUUCUUUGAAUUGAAGCUUGAAGAUUUCAAAUCGGAAGCAAUGGCUCAAACUUGUAAAAAAUGGUGGGAAUAUAUCAAAGACGACUUUCUAUCAAUAUUUCGAGGCGUAAUAUGUGGCAUGCUUGCCAUAUAUUCAGAUCAAAAAGUCUGUAGUGAUCUGGAAAAAUCACUCUACGUUACUGAGGAGGGAGAAGCCAAAAUAUUGCAUAUUUCUCAAGAAAAAUUUACAUUCAGUCAAGCGCAAAAAGAAGUGUCUGAUUUGUUGUCCAUUAUUGAAGGAGUCAUUACUUUGAUAAGACCAAGAUCAAGACCAGAUUUGGAAACUUGGCGUAAAGAAUUUGAGCUAUCUUAUGAACUGCCUUCAGAAUUAGGUCAUUUUUUAAACAGCUUAAGAGUCAGGAAAAUAUGUGAUAACAUUCAUCCAAUGUUGUUGAUUGAUCACCCGUUUAUCUGGUCGAUAAAUCAUCGGGUUUCAUUCAUCCAGUCUCUUGAAGAGGCUAUUAAAGAAAGGUUAAUCAAUGAGAAGGCUUUCAAUAAUAAAAUGACUCCGAAUUUUAGGACUCAAAAUUGGAGGAUUGAAGUCUCAAAUGACUUGUUAUUGUCAGCAAUCUACAACUACAAAGGACAUGACUUUUAUGUUAAACCAUUUCGUGUCAUUAAUUUUAUUCAUGCAGUGUUUUCCCAUGCUAAUGACUAUCAAUAUGAUACUAUACGCGGGAAAAAGGGUGGUUUGACUCUUGAGGAAAGAGAAAGUCUAAUUACAAAAGUGUUUCCUUCAAUAUAUACAACACUUUAUGACGCCCUGUGUGAUUAUGCAAAAAAUUCUAGUUGGUAAGAAUUUAAUAUUUUGUUAUUUCUAAUGUACAUCUUUUAUGUUGUUUAAAAUUUUUGUUUAACACUUUUUAAUUUAACAGGAGAUAUACAGAGUCAUUUUCAGAUGUUCUUAAAAGAUUUUCAAGUUGUGGAUCUCAAUAUUGAUUUCCUGUUCCUGGUAAGCAUUUGAUAUCGAUUUGGGGGCUAUUUUGGUGUGGUGUUUUCGGGUUUUUUUUAGACAAUUUUGUGACUCUAGUUAGUGGUUGUUUUAGGUUACAUUGUGUGUGAAUAGUGUUUGAGGUGUGUGGGCAAAGGGUUCGUAUUAUUGCUUGUGUGUCUUGACGAUGUGAGUAUGUGAUAGGUGUUGCACACGUGAUGGUUGUUGAGUGGUAUUGUGUAUGUGAUGGGUGUAGAGUGUGUUUUGGUAUUGGGUAUUAAGCAUGUCAUUUAUGAGUUAAUUUGUAUGUUUGGAAUUUUUGAUACUCCUUGUUACAUGAGUUGUAGUGGACUAGAAGUGCGUAAUUUGGCAUUAUUUCUUUGGUUUAUUGGUGAUGAUGGGUAAUUGAACUUUUGGACUAGGCGUACUUUUGCGGAAUAUGCAACAAACUACUGUGAAAAGGCAUUGUAAAUAACUGUUAAUUGACACAUAGAUUAAACUAAAUGUCUUUACACAUACAUUAUGUUGUAUGAUUCUUAUAACAUUUAAUAUUUUCUUUCUAAUUCCUUUUGGAAGUCUCGUAUAAUAAUUACAUUCAUUGUCAUUGCUGAAACUAAAAGGUUGGACAACUAUCGGUACAUCACUUGUUACUUAUUCCUUUUCUUGUUUCCUGUUUCAGUUGAUAUUUUUUCUCUUUGUAGUUGCGUCAUUUCUUGAAAAAUCUCAUAAUCUUAUUCUGAAUUUUCACUCCAUGUUCUCAUCUCUAUGAAACGUCCAUCAAAUUAUUUUGUUAUGUACAGGUUUAAAAUAAAAUUAUGCAUACGGAGUACUGGAUUUAUGUCUAUGAGUCUGCAUUCAACUCUCUGCGUGUAGAUUAGUUUUUGCAGAAAAGUUCCCAAUUGAUGUGUUAUGUCUUAUUGUAUUGUAUUUUACUAUUGUUUAUGAGUACUAAGAUUCAUGUCUCUGAGUUUGUGUUCCAACUCUCUGGGUGUAGAUUAGUCUUUGCAGAAAAGUCAAUGCAGGUUGAUGUUAUUGAUGUAUU